AACUAGUAGCCUUUUCCUGGUUUCCCAGUUGACUGUCAGUAUAGCUCUACGAGUCAGGCAGCUGUUUGAGUCAUUCUUAUUUAGAACCUUGUGCCGAGCACAUAUCCCAGUAAAUAAAAUAAAAAGCUGCUUUUAUUGAUAACGAAACGAAUUCUUGAUCAUGUCCAAGUUGAAUAUUUUGCUGAUCUUCUGGUGUGCCGUGAUGAUGAUGCAGCCAGGAAUGGGGCAGAAGUUGCGCGUGAAGCGCUCACCAGUCUCCACUGUGGCUGUCCAUGCGACCAACUCUACUUUUUCUGCCAAGAUGUUAAGUCAAGCGCGCAGCAUUACAAUUGCAGCAACUCCCAAAAUGAUGACAACUAAAGCAGUGGCCACCACAGCCACGCCUUCAACUGUGCUCGCUUACUCCACUGGCUUCACAGCAGUCCCCACAACCAAAACUACAACCAAAGCAGUCGGCACAACAGACGCAAUCACAUCCACGCCACAACUGGUCGCGAAUCUUAUGUCCGAACUGCAGAGCGCCAAGCGUCGCCUUGACCUGUUGAAUAAUGAAAUAAUGGCCCACUCGAGCCGCAAUCCCGCUGCCACGUCUGCUUCUCGAUCGCAAAGAAUUGAAGAACUAAUGGCCCGCCACUGUCGCCACCGUCGCAAUCCCGCCUCUGUGUCUGUGGUUGCUGCCGGAUCUGCUCCCCCGUCGCCGCCUCGUGGCCGUCUAACGCUGAAGAAUGAUCCCCAAAACGCACGCAAGAAACGCAGCCACGGCCCUAUGUCACCGCACCAUCUUCGUGGUUUUUACAGCAAGAGGCUCUUGCCGGAUGGCAAAACCGAGAUGGAGGAGUUUCAACUGGUGGCACCCAAAAUGACCGACGAUAACGCGCAGCAGGGACUCGACUAUGAGCCGAAAAUGAUGGCCAGAAUUCGUCAAGUGAAGAAACAAAACGGCGGCCACAUUUUGACUCCCUCUGAGUACUAUCAGCAGUUGAAGACAUCGCAGGCUCUACCCCCAAUGUUCGACAUGGCACAGCAGAUGUUCAAGCAGCAGGCGCGUAUCUUUGAUUUGAUCGAUCACGCCGAUGAAAUGACGCUGCGGCAGUUGCCCAAAUUAAUCGAUCAUUUUCUGAAGAAUGGUUUGGGGAUGGUGAUGGAUGCCAAAAAAAAUGAGAACAAGGUCCAGAACAGCGAGGAGAAAGAGGAAAAGGUCCCGAACAGCGAGGAUAAAGAGGAAAACGGCAAGAACAGCGAGGACAAAGAGGAAAACGGCAAGAACAGCGAGGAAAACGAAGACAACGAGGAGAGCAAGUUCAACAAGCAGGAGGAGCGGCGCCAUCUACUGGAAGCCGCCAAGAAGAAUGCCGCAGAACUCAAGAAUGCCUCCGCCAACCGCGAGGAUGAGGAGGAAUUUGUCAUCAGCUGCCCAGUACGCCACGAUCACCAUGCCAAUCGCAAUGGGGAAAUAGUAGACGACGAUGUGGUCCUUGUCGACCAGUGUCAUGUUGCAUAGGGAAUUUAUGGGAUAAGUUUGUGUAGGACUAGGAUAGUUUUAGAGGAUUAUAGUUUAGAAUUCAAUUUUUGCUUGGGGCUUUCAUCUAAAUUUGUAGGUUUUUUGCUUAGUAUUUGGGUUUUAGUUGGGUUUUUUGGGAAAUUGUUUAAAUAGGUUUUCCGUUUCUUUUCGGUUUUUUUGUAAGCAAAACUUUGAAUGCCAAAAAAUUGUGUGAGGUUAUCUUUAGCAUAAGGAAUA